AUCAAUAGACGGAAGUAACGGUAUACUUUGGGUUUAUCCAGCAUAUUUUGAAAUUCUGAAUGGCCAAACCACCGAAAUGAAUGUUAUUUUUCAGCCUAUGAAGUGUGGAUUGUUCAGUGAAACACUCUACUUGCUGACUGAUAAGAAUACUUACCAACAAUUGGAAAUAAUUGGUGAUGGAAUAGCUUUUAACAAAAAACUUAUAAGUGUAGAUGUACCAAAUCAUUCAAAAGAUAUAGAAAGUAAACCAGGACAUCGUAUAUUUUUGGGAUAUAUUGAAAAUACUGAUCCAAUAACUAUGACGUUACGUUUAAAAAACAAUAGCGGGCUGCUUUUGAAAUACAAAUUUAAAUGCGUGGAAAAAAAUGACGACAUCGCUUUUGACAUGUCGGACUGGAUACAAACAAAUUAUGAGAAUCAGGUUUUGGCACCUUACGGCACUAGUGAAGUUAUUUUUCAGAUAACUCCUUUAAAAUGUUGCACAGGCGAUUAUUGCAAUACUUCAUUGAGGUUGUUUAUUAAAGACGUACCCAUUACUAGCUUAGAGGAAAAUGAAGAAUUUGUCAUCGAAACUCAAAAUAGGUCGCUGCGGGAAUUAGUUGAAGACGUAUUGGUAAAGUAAAUAUAAUUUGCAUUUUUGUUUGCUUUUUUUUUAUUAUUUUCGUUAUACUUAUAAUAGAGCUGGAAUAUUUUGAAGCCUAUAACGAAAAAGUACGUUUGCGAAAGAAGACACGUUGUAGAC